AUGGAUGUCGUAAUGGCCUGUCCUUCCAAGCUUCUGUCUAAUUCCGCUUCCUAUUCGUCGUCGUCCCUCGGCCGUGCGGUGGGGCUAUUAACGAAUUGUCAGGGUUCAGCCGUUGCUUUGGGCUCAUGGGAUCGCAGUUCCCGGCUGAUGCAGUUUUUAUCCCCUUCUGGGUCUCUUUCGCUCCGUCGAGCUGCGGUUCGCUGCGAAUUGAAGAAAGAAGAAACGAAGAUUAGGAGAUGUUCACCAUUUCUGGAAAGGACGCUGCUAUCAGGAUCGGGGUUGGAGUCUAAUGAAUGGAGAGUUGUCCCUGACAUUUGGAGGUCGUGUGCGGAGAAAUAUGGAGAUAGUAUCGCACUGGUAGACCCAUACCAUCAGCCACCGAGAAAUAUGACUUAUAAGGAGCUGGAGCAAGAGAUUUUAUAUUUCGCGGAAGGACUGAGGAUUGUCGGAGUAAUGCCUCGUGAGAAGCUCGCACUUUUUGCUGAUAAUUCAUGCAGGUGGCUUGUUGCGGACCAAGGCACAAUGGCCAUGGGAGCAAUUAAUGUCGUGAGGGGGUCAAGAUCGACUAGUGAGGAGCUACUGCAAAUAUACAACCACUCUGACAGUAUUGCACUUGCAGUGGAUAACCCUGAAUUGUUCAAUCGGAUUGCUGGAACAUUCCAUUCCAAGGCAACUCUCAGAUUUGUCAUUCUGCUGUGGGGCGAGAAAUCAAGCCUGAAUUUUUCAGGAAUAGAGGAGUUACCUGUUUUUAGUUACCAAGAAAUAAUUGAUUUGGGACAAGAAAGCUACAGAGCAUUUUUUGGUGCCCCUGAUUCAAGGUCUAUGCAUCUAUUUGAAACCAUUAGCUCUGAUGAUAUAGCUACGCUUAUGUAUACGAGUGGAACUACUGGAAAUCCAAAAGGUGUUAUGCUUACACAUAAAAAUCUAUUACACCAGAUAAAGAAUUUGUGGGACAUUGUACCUGCUAUACCUGGGGAUAGAUUUGUAAGCAUGCUUCCAUCGUGGCAUGCAUACGAACGAGCUUGUGAGUACUUCAUUUUUACAUGUGGUGUUGAGCAAGUAUACACAACUGUGAGAAACUUAAAGGAUGAUCUGCGGCAUUACCAACCCCAUUACAUAAUCUCUGUUCCUUUAGUAUUUGAGACGCUUUACAGUGGGAUUCAGAAACAGAUUUCUUCGAGCUCAAUGCUUCGUAAGGCUCUUGCACGGUUUCUCAUAAGGGUCAGCUUAACUUACAUGGAGAUGAAGAGAAUCUAUAAAGGUAUGUAUCUAACGUCAAAAGAGCAGCAGCAGCCGUCAUAUCUUACUGCUAUGUUUGACUGGCUAUGGGCAAGAGUGAUUGCUGCAAUAUUGCUGCCAGUCCAUAUGCUGGCUAAGGUGCUUGUCUACCGGAAGAUCCGCUCUGCGAUCGGAAUUAGCAAGGCUGGCAUUAGUGGAGGUGGAAGUUUGCCUUCCUAUGUUGACAGAUUUUUUGAGGCAAUUGGGAUAAAUGUACAGAACGGUUACGGGAUGACAGAGACAGCUCCAGUUACAGCUGCUCGACGACUUAACCUUAAUGUUCUCGGCUCAAUUGGACAUCCGAUUCGUCACACAGAGUUCAAGAUAGUAGAACAUGAGACUAAUGAAACGCUUCCACCCGGAACCAAGGGGGUUGUGAAGGUCAGGGGGCCACAAGUGAUGAAAGGUUACUACAAGAAUCCGUGGGCCACAGAACAGGUCCUGGACAAGGAUGGUUGGCUAAAUACUGGUGAUAUAGGUUGGAUUGCCCCUCAUCAUUCGAUAGGGCGGAGCAGAAACUGUGGAGGCAUUAUUGUCCUUGAAGGGCGAGCCAAAGAUACUAUUGUUCUUUCAACAGGUGAAAAUGUAGAGCCCUUAGAGCUUGAAGAAGCAGCCAUGAAGAGCAAUCUUAUCCAGCAAAUUGUUGUUAUCGGUCAGGAUCAGCGCCGUUUAGGAGCUUUAGUUGUUCCAAACGAAGAAGAGGUGUUGUUGGCUGCUAAAAAGGCCUCCAUUGUGGAUGAUCAUGCAACUGCAAUCAGUCAGGAUCAAGUGAACAGGUUGCUGUAUGAUGAGCUGCGCUCUAGGACGGCAGCCUGUUCAUUUCAGAUAGGCCCGAUUCUCGUGGUUGACGAGCCUUUCACGAUUGACAAUGGUAUGAUGACUCCAACCAUGAAAAUCCGAAGGGACAAAGUGGCAGCUAAGUACAAACAACAGAUUGCUGAUCUCUACAAGUAA